UGCCCUUGGGGGAAUCCCUAUCACCAUCUUGGAGGGCGGUCCAAAUUAUUAGCCACGCAAGCUCCUCAGCCCUCGUUUUUAGUCGGCUUUGCAAGUGUACAAUUAUGUUCUCUCCGUGGCCUGAAACGUCAGCGAAAACUUAAACAACAUCAAUGGAGAAGUCAACAUACAAGUGACAGAAAGAAAACCAUGUCAACUCAGCCUCUCAUCAGAUCAAAGCAGACAGAGAAAUCAAUCAAUGGAAUAUCCACACAGGUUGUUUGCACAGAGUUCAGUAACUACAUAUUUAUAGUCCUCACACAGUAUGGAAAGAUUGGCACUUUAGUAUCAGUCACACCUGACUCCAGAUCAGGUGAUAUCAGCACUCCCAUGUUCACCACCAAAGUAUUGCUGGGAAAAGAAGAGGCUUUGACACACGUCUGUGCCAAAAACUUGGCAACAUUUGUGUCACAAGAGGCAGGCAACAGGCCUGUUCUACUGGGGUUGGCACUCAAGGAUAGUUCCAUAGAAGCAAUAAAGGCAAUGAAAGAUGUAAUCAAAAGUUGUCAAGUCUGGUAACUACUGGUACAGGGAACAAGCAACCGAAUAGCCUACCUGGAAAGACAAUUUCAGAAAAGGCUUCAUACACUUAACACAUUUUUUCCUCAAUAUUUUUACAUCCUUUAAAAUGUAUUUUGUUAUCUGUUGUUACUUCUAAGCUUGUGGAAAUAAAUGCCAUAUAAAUGGGAAGUUUA